GAAGGCUGAGCUGAGGACUGGCUUAGGCUGGCUCGAAUUAUACUCAGCGGGUAUUGUAGGGUAGGAUUGUACUGCUCGAAGGUGAUUCGAUGGCGAUCAUUGGUUAGGUCUAGUAAAACAUAGGUGGGAUGGGCGACGGCCCAGGGCGAAGUAUUUAUUUUGGGUGGCACCGAGUGGGUUACUUGGUGCGCCCCGAGAUCUAAGGUGCCGUCACCACCUCCUCCGUUUUUACCUGCUUCGCCUCCAAAGGUGAGAUACGGAAGGAUGCUGAAGCUCACCUCCUCCCUCACCAUUCCCUCCUUCUAUCGCCCCUACCUCGUCGGAGCGGUCCAAUUCCUCUCCACGUUCACCACCGCCGUCGCCGCCUCCGCAGGAAAUCUAUCUGCCGAGCCUCAUUUCAUGGCCGAUUACCUUGUCGCCUCCUGUGGCCUCUCACCGGAGAAGGCAGCGGAAGCCUCGAAACCUCUCCGCCGCAUCAAAUCCCGUCAACAACCCGAUUCCGUUAUGGAUUUCUUCAAAAAACACGGUUUUGAUGACUCCCAUCUCAAAAAGCUCAUAUCUUGGUACCCCAGAUGGCUCGCCUUCGACGUGGAGAAAACUCUUGCCCCAAAGUUCCGAGCUUUGCAUGACCUCGGCUUCACCGGCCCCGCCCUGACCCACAUUGUUCUCUCGAACCCCGUCGUCAUCAACCACAGCCUCCACCAUGUCGUCUCUAAGAUCCAGUUCUGGAGAGACCUUCUUGGUUCUGACGAGCAUUUGAAGAAAUUCCUCAAAGGAAAUCAGUGGCUUCUCGGACGCAGCAUCGAGAAGACAAUCCAGCCCAACCUCUCGGUGUUGAAGGACUGCGGCAUCUCAGACCAGAGGAUCACGCUGGUCUUGAAGAAGCAUCCGAGGUUCAUCCUCCAGAAGCCUGAUGCAUUAAGGGCAUUGAUUGAUCGUGCCGAGGGGUUGGGAGUUCUCCCGGGCUCGACGAUGUUCCACUGGGCUCUCUGGGUUCUGUUUCUUGUCAGCCAGGAGAAGUUCGAUGCCAAAUUGGAGGUCUUGAGGGGCUUUGGUUGGUCAGAGGCUGAGUUCCUUGCUGCAUUCCGAAAGGCUCCUGCUUUCUUGACAGGUUCCGUGAGCAGUAUGCGGGAGAAGAUGAAUUUCUUGAUGCGGGAUUCAGCUUGUGCCCCAUCCUAUGUUGCACGCCACCCUGUGCUUCUGACACUGAGCUUGGCAAAGAGGCUGAUUCCAAGAAAUCGAUACUUGGAGGCUUUGAAGUCAAAAGAGUUGCAUGGUGGAGCAUAUGAUGUGUACACGGCCAUGGUGUGUUCAGAGAAGAAGUUCUUGCACUAUUAUGUCCUCCGACACAUAGAUAAGUUCCCAGAUCUCAGUGAAUUGUAUGCUGCGAGUUUUGAAGGGAGAAAUACUCUGUAGUUCUGUACCAUAAAACAGGCAGCUUGAUGUUUUCCUCCUAUCAUGUUCUUAGCUCAUGCAGAUGUUGAAGCCAAGAAGAAUUGCCUAGCAGAGAUCUGAAGCCGAUCUCGAUCAUGAGUUGUUCAGAGGUGUUCAAGGAGAAAGUUCUAUGAGAAAGUUCCAGACUUCUGGAGAUGUGUAUUACCAGCCAUUACAGGCCUGAUGUUACUGACCGUGGUUGCUGGGACUUGAUGGGAUAAUUCAGUUAAAAGGAACCCUCGGAGUUGAGAAGUUUGUAUUCUGCAUAUUGUUACUUUGCUGAAUCCAGUAUUGUGUGAACCAAGAUAGAAGAAGAAGAAUGCUCUCAAAGAGUCUUCUAUUGCGAAGUGUAUCUUUUAAAAGUUAUGUUGAGCGACCUGUUUGCUUUCUGAAAUCUAAAUAUUUUAAGUGAAGCUAGUCAAUCUCAUGUUGAGCUCCAAUAUUUUACUUUUUUUAACAAAAAAAAUUUGUUUCUUGCUAUUAAAAUUAGUCUAGCUUGAUAUUUUGAGCCAAUGCCUGUUGCAGUUUAAGCUGAUCUUUUUUUGAACAUUACCACAACUCAAUUAAGAGUGCUUUACAGAAGGAUGUAUAAACCGCUGCCUUAAUUGAAGCAUCUCCAAAAUAAUUUGACCUUGGUACUCGAAAUUAUCUUACACAUCCCUUUUCUAAUUUUCAUUUUUAUUUUUAUAAUUAUUCUAAACUUAAUUGGAACUUGUAUUUUCAAUCUAUAUCAAGUGCUGCAUAUGGAUCAGGUCAACUUGUGAGCUAAGCUGAUUGUUUCAGAUUCAUGGGUUGAGUCUGGUCAUUUGUUUUUCCACUUGAUCCAGGUCCAGUUCAACUUGUGUACUUGGUGUCUCAAAUGGAUUAAACAUCAGAUGACUCAAUUUGUCGGAGUCCCAUCUAACUCAACCUAAAAAUAGAUGAUUUUGAAAUUUCUAAAGCCUCUAAUUUUCAUUCCUCUGCCACCUUUUGGUUUACUAAUUGAAAUGAACUGCUAAAGACUUCAGAUUGGGAAUCAUUUAGCUAAAAUCCAAGUUCUAAAGAUAUCUAUCAAAGUAAUUAAAUUUACAUUAUAUCUCAUCUUUGCUUCUUGGUUUAGAAAUAUCUCUCUUCCUCCUUGGAUGUUAUUAUAGUCUAGGUGCACUAAUGAUAUCUUUUUUUCCCCCAGAAAGUUUGGAAAUAUUUUUCUUGUUAGUUGCUAAAAAUUAAUUUGCUGUCAUGCUAGAACCUCUUUUUCUACAAAACUCUAUCAAGUUGUAAGCUUUUAAGAUAAUCUAACUAAAAUUUUUAUAUGAAUAUUUUUAUCUUCAAUGAAGUAUUUAGUUAAGGUUAUGUUUGUUGUUGAAAAAUUGAAAAAUCAAUUUACUUUCCUGUAGUUCAAAGAUAACAUCUUGGUAUACAAACUUUUAAAUUGUUCGUUGAAGGUUGAAGGUUCAAUUAAAGUUGAAAAGUGUUCUUGUCAAUGAUAUUAGCAGUUGAAGUUCACGUAGCAUCUUUUUUCUUUUCAGUUUUUCUAGAUCUUAUUCAAGUAAUUAUUAAUUUUUCUUCUUCACACAGAAUAACUAAUUUAUUUUUUUUUAUCUCAUAUUGGAGCUGAACCUAGAUCCACCCAUAUUUGUGGUUGGAACUUGGUCAUGUUUUUUUUUAAAAAAAAGAAAGUGGUCCAUGGAUGAUGGGCUAUAUAAUUUUGGAACUUGUAUUUUUAUUUUUCUAUAUCUCUCAAACCUCGGUUACGGCAGGAUCUAUUUUCAGGUCAUUUGGUAGAACCCCCAAAGAAUUUUACCAGCUUGAAAAGCAGGUACCUUUAAAUUUGAUCGUUAUUGACUUAACCCAACUUGAAUGAUUUGAUGAACCUAUUUUAUUUUUUUUUAAUAAACCCAACUCAAUUUAAUUGAUUUGCGAGUGGAGUCUAUGUCUAAAAUUGCAACUUUCAAAAAGUUUGAUUGGCUUUUGUUAAACUUGUCUUGACCCCAAAUUGAUCCAAUUACAAGCCUACCGUAAUCUAACAAUUCCUAGAAUUUUCUUGCAACCCUUGAUGCUUUUAUCUCAUUUACCCCUCUUGACCAAAUGUAAUGCACUCGAGUGAUAAGGUUUGACGUAAUACCUACCAUCUCAUGGUAUUUUUUAUUAAAUACUGUGUUCACAUGCCCUGUUAUGAACGACAAAACAAACGUUUAAACAUCAAAUGUGAAGCUACAGCUUGAGCAUAUUAGGUUAAGGGUUAAGCCAAAUCAAACUUGACCUCAAGAUCCCCCAACACCAUCCAAUCCAUUCUAGCUAGAUUUUUUAAUGCGCCACGACCCGCAGCUAUAAGCACAGAACAUUGCUCAAUAACAUAUGUGUGUGUGUAUUU